CCGCACUUGAACUUGCAGCUCAGGGGGGCUUUUGCCAUUUUUUCAUCUCUCUCUCUCUCUUUUUUCAAAAAAGCCAUGACGGCUAUCCCACAAUCCAUCUUCCCUGCGCCAUCUUUGUAUUAUUUCUAAUUUAUUUUGGAUGUCAAAGGCAUUGAUGAAGAUAUUUUCUCUGGAGUCUCCUUUCUAACCCGGCUCUCCCGAUGUGAACCGAGCUCAAAGCCACCACCAACCACCAUGUCUCGCCGCAAGCAAGGCAAACCCCAGCACUUAAGCAAACGGGAUUUUUCGCCCGAACCUCUAGAAGCCAUUCUUACAGAUGAUGAGCAGGAUCACGGAGCACUGGGAGCUUCAGAAGGGGACCAUGACCUUCUUACUUGUGGCCAAUGUCAAAUGAACUUCCCUUUGGGGGAUAUCCUUGUUUUUAUUGAGCACAAAAGGAAGCAAUGCAAUGGCAGUCUCUGCAUGGACAAAGCUGUGGAUAAGCCGCCUUCACCCUCACAAAGUGAACUGAAAAAAGCCUCCAAUCCUGUAGAAGUUGGCAUCCAGGUCACGCCAGAAGAUGAUGAUUGUUUGUCAACGUCGUCAAGAGGAAUUUGCCCUAAACAGGAGAACAUAACAGGCAAAGAUGAGCCCAGCAGCUAUACUUGCACAACUUGUAAACAGCCAUUCACCAGCGCUUGGUUUCUCCUCCAGCAUGCUCAGAACACUCAUGGUUUCAGGAUUUACUUGGAAAGUGAGCAUGGAAGCCCUCUCACUCCUCGUGUCAGCAUCCCGUCAGGACUGGGUGCUGACUGCUCCACCCAGCCGCCCCUUCAUGGGAUCCACCUUGCAGACAGUAGCCCAUUUAAUCUGUUGCGGAUACCUGGCUCUGUCUCCUCCCGAGAUGCACCCAGCAUGCGGGAGGGCCGCUUCCCACCAACUCCUCCACUGUUUAGCCCCCCUCCUCGGCAUCACUUAGACCCCCACCGCAUGGAGCACUUAAGCGCGGAGGACAUGGCGCUUGCGACACAUCACCCGAGUGCCUUUGAUAGGGUGCUGCGGCUUAACCCCAUGCCAAUGGAUCCGCCAGUCAUGGAUUUUUCAAGGAGGUUGCGGGAGCUGGCUGGAAACACCUCAGGCUCUACACCCCCACUGUCGCCAAGCCGGCCUAGCCCUAUGCAAAGGCUACUGCAACCAUUCCAGUCGGGUGGGAAGCCUCCCUUUCUGCCUACACCACCUCAUCCCAGUUUGCAGUCUCCAGUGGGAAACCAGUCGACUCCUGGCCAACAGCAGCAGCAACCCUCCCUUAAAGCCAAGUCUUGUGAGUUCUGUGGCAAAACUUUCAAGUUUCAGAGCAACCUGAUUGUUCAUCGGCGGAGCCAUACAGGAGAAAAGCCCUACAAGUGCCACUUGUGUGACCAUGCCUGCACACAGGCCAGUAAGCUAAAACGCCACAUGAAGACGCACAUGCACAAAUCUUCACCAAUGACUGUCAAAUCCGACGAUGGCCUCUCAACUGCCAGUUCUCCAGAGCCAGGCACCAGUGAUCUUAUGGCUAGUGCCAGCCGUGCCCUCAAGUCUGUGGUGGCCAAAUUUAAAAGUGAAAAUGACCAUGGCUGCAUGAUCCCAGAGAAUGGCGACGAGGAAGAAGAGGAAGAAGAAGAGGAGGAGGAAGAGGAAGAGGAGGAAGAAGAGGAGGAGCUCAUGGAGAAUGAAGUGGGAAGAAAUGACUAUCACUUUGGCCUCAGCCUCGAGGCAGCCCGUCACCAUGAAAAUAGUGGAGGGCGUCAUGGUGGAAGUGGCGAUGAGGAAGGUCUCCCACGUUCGCUGCCGGAAGUCAUGCAGGGCAUGGGCCUGGCAGCGAGCAUGCAACACUACAGUGAGGCCUUCCAUCAGCACAAGCGCGGUGCGCUUUCUUCAGAAGCCGAGGCACAGAGGGACAUGUGUGAUGGUGACUCUGUCGCUAUGGAAUCUGACAGGAUAGAUGAUGGUUCCAUAGCAGCCAUCAAUGGGAGGGGCUCCUCUCCAGGGGAGUCGGCUUCGGGGGGCCUCUCUAAGAAACUGCUAUUGGAAAGCCCCAGCUCCCUGAGCCCGUUCUCUAAACGUAUCAAAAUGGAGAAGGACUUUGAUCUGCCUACAAUGGCCAUCCCCAACAGUGAGAAUGUUUACUCCCAGUGGCUUGCUGGCUAUGCUGCCUCGCGGCAGUUUAAAGACCCCUUUCUGAGCUAUGGAGACUCCAGACAAUCGCCUUUUGCCUCUUCCUCAGAGCACUCCUCAGAGAAUGGCAGUUUACGUUUUUCUACCCCACCCGGGGAGAUGGAUGGAGGGAUCUCGGGCCGCAGUGGUACGGGGAGUGGAGGUAGCACUCCACACAUUGGUGGACCAGGCCGGCCUAGCUCAAAAGAGGGCCGCCGUAGUGACACAUGUGAAUUCUGUGGCAAAAUCUUCAAAAACUGCAGCAACCUCACCGUGCACCGGAGAAGUCACACAGGCGAGAGGCCAUACAAGUGUGAGCUGUGCAACUACGCUUGCGCCCAGAGUAGCAAACUUACCCGGCAUAUGAAAACUCAUGGCCAAGUGGGGAAGGACGUUUACAAAUGUGAAAUCUGUCAGAUGCCUUUUAGCGUGUACAGUACCCUGGAGAAACACAUGAAAAAAUGGCACAGUGAUCGGGCCUUGAAUAAUGAUAUAAAAACUGAAUAGAGAUGUAUCCAUUUCCCCAGGCACCCCCUCAAUUCCCUGUAGAUUUUCCUCUUUGGUAGUCCCUCGUGAUUGCAACAAUGGAAGCUAAGGAUGUAAGAAUUUGUGCUAGUCACCAGCACACCUCGUUUAAUUUACCGUUGAAUGCAUGAUCUGUAUCGGGGCAAUACUAUUGCAUUUACGCAAACUUCGAGCCUUUCUCUUGUGCAAUAAUUUACAUGUUGUGUAUUUUCUUUUUUAUUAGACAGCAUGUAUGGUAUUUUUUGGCUAAUUAAAAAAAGAUGUCCAUGGUUGGUUAGUUGUUGAAUAAAUGUGUUGCUGUUUUCUUGUUCUUUUUUGUUAAAGAAAAAAGGAAAAAGAAAAAAAAAAAACUGCCAUGCUGCAUACAUUCUGUAAUACAUAUCAUGUACAGUUUUGUUUUGUAACAUGGAGGAAAAUAGUCUUUUGUUUAACCCUGUCUGGAUGGGCUGCAAAUCGCACUUAACAGAAUCUUUUUGAAAGACAUUUGGUCCAUAAAAAGGGGUUAAAAUAUUAAUUGGUUUAUUUAAGGAACACAAUGAAAGAAAAGUGACAGCCUUGAAUUUUUAACAGGAAAAAAAAAGAGUUAAAUUUGUACUAUCAUUUGGUUAACAAAAAAUAUCUGAGUGCCUUGGAUCUAUUAAAUCUGCAUUGGUUAACCUUCCUAUCUGUUAUAAGCUUGGAAUCUGUUUCAUACUGGAAGUGGGGUUCUUGGUGUUCCCCAAAAAAAUAAAAAGGGUUCUUGAAUCAAGCACCUGACCACUGUGGCCACUGGCUACACAAUUAAAAAGGAUUAAUUACAAUUUUUAGUUAAUCAUCAUUUAGCUACCUAUUAUAGCUCUCUUUUUAUUACAAACCUUUUAAUUAGAAUAAUAUAUGCUGUACCACUGUCUUAUUUGUGACUGUUUUUAUUCAUUUUUUGCCUGCUUGAUUGUUGUUAUUUUUUUCCUGUUUUUUCUGCUGUUCUGCCACAUCUUCCCAUCUGAGUACAACACUGUAAGUUUCCAAUUCAAAUUAGCAGUGUGCUGGCCAAGCAAUGUUAAUGAAUUAAACAAGACUUCUAUUAACAUGCAUUUGAGAUUUAUACCAUUGUAAUUUUAAAUGCUUUCUUUUAUAUAAGCUGUGUGAGGUUCUCUUUACUUUUAUUGUUUAUUUUUAAAUUUGCUUUAGAGUUGGGGGUCAUUAAGGCCAAUAUGGAGAGGCAGUUUUUAGGUCCUCUUUUUUCAAUCCUAUCUGUCAAACAGUGAUGAUUAACUAUGAAUUCUUUUGCCACACAUUAUUAAAUUUAUAUAAAGUAAAUUCAUUUAUAAGAGUUACAGUAUAGUCUGUACUCCCUAAACAUACAAAGUUAAACGUUCAUUUUUAAAACACUGUGUGCUAUUUGUGUUGACAUAUAAAAUGGAUCCUGUUCUUUAUUUUUUUAAUUUAUUAAGCUAGCAUCUGCCCCAGUUAGAGUUCACAUAGCACUUGACACUCUGCCUGUGAUGACUGUAUCUUUUUCUUUAAUCAGAGGUACAGAGGUUGAGUAUAAAUAAUACUGCUCAUAUAUUGGACAAUUAAGUGCACUGUACAAUUUUCCCAGUUUACAGGUAUACACUUAAGGGAAAAGUUGCUAUAAUGCUGACAUAUGAAUAUGAUCUCAUUGUUAAGCAUUUAAAAGAAGAAAUAAAAAUAAAUACUUAAAUAAAUAAAAAAUAAAUAAACAAGUAAAUAAAACUUUGCCAGCCAUUUCCUCUUAAUGUAGCAGUGCUGUGAAUGGGAACAGACCACCCUCCUGUCAAAUGAAUGAGUGAAUGAAUGAAUGAAUGAAUGAGUGAGUCCUCCUCUAUAAUUACAGUGCUUUUUUUGUACAUUUAAAAAAAGGAUAAUUUUUCUUAAACACUUCAUUAUCUUUAGGGAGAAAACUGAAUUUAAGGAUGUUGUCUUGGUGAUGUUCAAGACUU